AUGAAUGUGGGAGUAGCGAAAUUUUUAUCAGCAGUGCUGAUAGGCUUUUCUGGCCUGCUGGGUUGUCUAAUCCCCUACUUGGUGGUUUACUUUUCAAAAGGGAAUACGGACCUGAAAGAGCGACAAGAUGCGAUAGAUUCGAGGCUAUGUCUUUGCAACUGUUUGGGUGCUGGCAUUAUUAUGGGCAUGGCGUUUCUUCACAUCCUCCCGGAAGCUGUUGCUCAGUGCGAAGAAGGCAGUAUACUGUGGAAAUUGGGCCAUGGGCAGUUCAACCCGGGAUAUUUCAUUGCUUUGAUGGCCUUCUGCGGUAUGCUGUUCAUAGAACGGGUGUUGUCUUCUGGGCGCACACCCUGUUCAGCCGCCUUCAAUGCAUGCCAAGUCCCCAGCGGUUGCUGCGGUUUUGAGGAGGAAAGUGCAUCAUGUUGUGAGAGUGCAUCCCGCAGUGCAGCGUGCGAUAUGGAAAGAGCACAAAUGGAGCACCAUGACGACUAUAUCGAGGAUGACGCUCCCCGUACUGUGGCAAGCAUUGGGUCCCGUUUUCGUCAUAGGCACAACCGUUUGUUGUCAAAGAUUAUGCGGGUUCUUUGCCCCUUAUGCCAGUGCAACGGCUUAUGCAUAACUUUGGCGCUUUUCAUACAUUCGCUCUUUGAAGGCAUUGUGGUGGGACUUGCGGAAUCUCACUGGAACCUUUGGCUGAUGACGGUGGGCAUAAUUCUGCACAAGUGGGCUGCUGGAAUGGCGCUUUCUUCCUUUGUUUCGUCUAACAGCAAGUUGUCUGCUAUUGUAAUGCAGACAAUUUUCUGUAUGAGUUCGCCGUUGGGCAUUUUGAUCGGGGGAAUCGCAUCUGGCCGAAGUGAGUUUCGCUUUGCAAUAGUAAACCAUGAGUUGUUUUGUCACAUGCAUUGUCGUAAGACGGCGUUUUGGAAGUGGUUGUGCGUGUUUGCUGGGAUGAUGUUUAUCUUUGGCACUGCUCUUCUUGAAGUUGCGUUUUCUGGUGGCUGCGCCCACUCACACGUGCACGACGGUUGCACAGAACACGCUGGUCAUGCCCAUUGCCACUGA